AUGUCAGAUGUCUCUCGUAAACAGCCUCCGAGCUCCUCCCUUCUACUCUGCUCCUCACAAGAGCUUUUACUCUUUGCUCUGGCCUUAAAUCUGUUCAAUUUUGGAUGUACCUAUGCACAGACGCCCACACCGCCACCAACGUCUUCAACUCCCUGUGCUACAAAAACCAACACAACUUGUGGUGAAUGCUUGCAGAAUGUAACUUGCUUAUGGUGUGAACAAACUCAGCAAUGUAUCGACUACCCUGUGAGAAAUAUUUUUCCACCAAGGAGUGUGUGUCCUUUGAAUGAUGCCCGAUGGGGAGUCUGCUGGGUCAACUUCCAGGUGUUGAUCAUCACCAUGUCAGUGCUGGCCGGUGUUUUGCUCAUCUCCAUUUUAGUCUGCUGCCUGUGCUGCUGCAAGUGUGAGAAAAUUGGAAAUAAAAGGGAAAAUGCAAAAGCUGAGAGAGAGAACCGAGCCAGGACGGCUCGACAGAAAGCAAGGAGGACAGAGAUGCAGAUGAGACAUGAUGAAAUCCGGCAGAAGUAUGGUGUGGCGAAGGACAACCCAUACUCUCGAAUGAAUGAACACUAA